AUGGCAGGAGAAGAUGGAAAGAAAGAAAAGGAAAAGGUGGAGGAAGUGAUCACUGCUGUUUACAAAGUUAACCUGCAUUGCCCGCAAUGUGCACGUGAUAUCAAGAAGCCUCUUACACGUACACAAGGGGUUCAAAGUGUGGAUGCUGACUUCGACAAGAGCGAACUGAAGGUUAAAGGUGUUAUCGACCCAAUUAAGAUUCAUAAACGGAUAGAGAAACUGAGCAAGAAAAAGGUUGAGUUGCUAUCACCUAAACCCAAGAUCAAGGAAAGUGUUGCGGCAGAGAAAAUAGUGGUGAAAGAAAUUAAACAGCCAAUUUUGCGCACAACAUCAGUGAAAGUUAACAUGCACUGCGGCAAAUGUGAGCAAGACCUGAAGAAGAGGCUACUAAUGCACAAAGGUGUUCACAGUGUUAAAACAGACAUGAAAGCACAAACUCUGAUAGUUGAUGGAACCAUUGAGCCUGACAAACUACUGUCCUACUUAAAGAAGAAGGUCCACAAACAUGCAGAGAUUAUAACCUCAAAACCAGAGAAAAAGGAGGAGAAAAAGGAGGAGAAAAAAGAGGAGAAAAAAGAGGAGAAAAAGGAGGAGAAAAAAGAGGAGAAAAAAGAGAAGGAGAAAGGUGGUGAAGGAAAAUCCACUGAGAAACCAGGAGGAGGUAAAACCAUCGAGAAAACCAUUGAAUCCACCAAGGAUAUAGAAGUUAAGGAAGAGCUAAAGAUUGUGGAGGUUAAAAGUAAAGAGAAUGCUCCAUAUUUUAUUCAUUAUGUGUAUGCUCCCCAGAUGUUUAGUGAUGAAAAUCCAAAUGCUUGUUCUGUAAUGUAGAUGGGAGUCUUCCAA